AUGUUGCCAUCAGUGGUGUUCAUUCUGUGGCAGUUAUGGAAGAACCAUAAUUUAGUCUCCUUUCAGAAUCAAAGUUUAUCUUUUCAGCAAGUGUUUGCAGUUGCAGCCCACCAUCAAGAAGACUUUUUGUCAGCCCAAAAAGAAAGACCUUUAAUCCACAAUAUGAGAUUGCAAAAGCAACACUGGUCUCCUCCUCCUAUAGGUAUGAUCAAGCUUAACUUUAAUGCAGCAGUUCAGAAUCCGAGUAAAACAUGCACAACCAGUGUGAUUGCCAGAGACCACUUAGGAAAUUUAAAAGGAUGGCACAACACAUCAUUUCCAGGAAUCUCCAAUCCCCUAGUGGCCGAAAGUCUUGCUUGCAGGAAUGCAAUUCAGUUAUCAGCUUCUUAUGAUUUCAGGAAAGUAAUCAUUGAAGGCGAUUCCCAAAUCGUCAUCAACAAAUGUCUUGAGACCUCCUGUCCUCAGGAAAUUCUAGAUAUUAUCAGGGACAUAUUGAGCAUUAAAUCCACUUUGAAGGAAGUUAAUUUUAAUUUUAUUCGUGGGAUUUGUAAUGGGUUGGCUUAG